AUCUUCCUCAAUCCUCCUCCAGCCAGUGAAAGGGACAUCACAAUUAGCCUCACCUGUUGAUUUUGACAUUUUUGGAGGGAAAGUUUGGAACAGAGGCAAGGGGGAAAAGUGUGACCCUGUGUUCUGUCAUCCGUCUGGGUGAGUUUUCUAUUUAGGGUCCUGCCAUUAUGGGAGAGGAAAGGGCCCUGAAGUAAUAACAGAACUCCUCUUUCCUUACCUCUCCUCUUCUCUCUGGGAUGGAUUACAGAUCUUUGGCUGAGCUGACACUCCUGCCCUGCUGAAACUCUGCUGCCUGGGACAUCCAAAAGAAGGACCAGACCUUCAGACAUUAGAGCUAUAUCUCAUCUCAGUAGUGUAUUUUCAUUUUAGGAAUCUCCCUAAAUUGCCACCAUGGCACUAAUGAAGGUCAAGUUUGACCUGAAGAAGCGGGUGAAACUGGCCCAGUUCGUAUGGCUGAUGUACUGGUUCUCAGUGAUGGCAGGCGUGCUGGUCUUCAGCAUGGGGCUGUUCUUUAAGAUCGAGCUGCGUAAGCGCUCAGAGAUGAUGGACAACAGCGAGAGCCAUUUCGUUCCUAACCUACUAAUCGGCGUGGGGCUGCUGGCCUGUGGGAUCAAUGCCAUGGGAGGCAAGAUCUGCUAUGACUCCCUGGAUCCCAGCAAGUUCUCCAGGUGGAAGCCUAUGCUCAAACCCUUCCUCGUCUCCUGUGUGGUUUUCAAUUGUCUCCUGGUGCUGACGGCUCUGCUCUGCUUCCUUAUGAGGAUCCCUCUCCAGUUCACGCUGGCCGAGGGCCUGAAGAACGCCCUGAAGUUCUACAAGGACACAGACACGCCGGGACGCUGCUACAUGAAGAGAACCCUGGACCAGAUGCAGAUGGAGUUCCGUUGCUGCGGCAACAACAACUUCAGGGACUGGUUCGAGAUCCAGUGGGUCAGCAAUCGCUACCUGGACUUCAGUGCCAAGGAAGUAAAAGAUCGUAUCGGCAGCAACGUGGAUGGGAAGUACCUGAUGGAUGCUGUUCCAUUCAGCUGCUGUAACCCCGGCUCCCCGCGGCCCUGCAUCCAGUACCAGGUGACCAACAACACGGCCCACUACUCCUACGACCACCACACUGAGGACCUGAACAUCUGGAAACGGGGCUGCCGCGACGCUCUGAUUUCCUACUACGGAGGCAUGAUGAACAGCAUAGGAGCCCUGGUGCUGCUGGUCACUAUUCUGGAGGUUAUUGUGAUGAUCGGCCUCCAGUACGUGAAUACCUCCCUGUCUAACCUGGCCAACCCAGAGGACCCAGAGUGUGAGAGCGAAGGCUGGAUCCUGGAGAAGACAGUGAAGGAGACGUUUACUGACAUCAUGGACAAGAUGAAAGCCAUGAGUAAGGGCAAUGCAGUGGACGAGGCCGGAGUGGAUGGUGUUGCCACGGGCAGCUGAACAAGACACGUUGACACAAACUGAGACCAUUCCCACCGAAGGGAAGAAAGGCAGAUUGAACAACUCCUUUGUAUUUAUUACACAAAAUACACACAUAAUACACACAUACAUGCCCGACACACACAAUACUGUCCAUCUGAAGGGAAAACUGAAAUGGACACAAAUGGACUCUUGAGUACAUGUCAGCACUUACGAUAUGUUGAAUGUACAAAUGCAUGAAUGUAUGUAUAAGUCACAUUAUAACCAAUUUCCAAUAUGCCCUCCCCCACUCCAAUACACACAGACUAACACACAAUACACACUUUUUCUAACACUCAUACCUUUUCCACACACACACACACACACACACACACACACACACACACACACACACACACACACACACACACACACACACACACACACACACACACACACACACACACACAUACACCUCUCCUCCAACCCCAGCUUUGCUACUCUGCUUCAGUUUUCUUACAUUCUGUAUAAUUCUGCUCUGUUUCAUAUUUUAUUUUUAGCCCAUUUUCUAUAAAACGAGGGAAAAACUAAACACUACCCAGUGUCAUGGAAAUGCAUAAUGUCAGAUGUUUUGCAUUGCACUGUGAAAAUGCAUUUUUAAGAGUAAGGUCAGGAAACCAGGUAUGUUGUGUUUUAUGGAUAAUGUGGGGCUGGUGGUUGCGAUGCAACCCGCUCCCCUUCCCAGAGAGGACGUUAAAGUGGAAAGGUUAAAUGUUAAUUCAUAGCCCAAGGAAUAUAUGUUUUGGAUCCACCUGUAGUGCAGUUUUUUCUAUUAGAUAAUUCAUAGAAAAUUCCAAAGAAAAGGACUGAAACACCCCAGAUAUCAACGCUUAAUUUCUAACUGUUAAUUUGAGAGAUGGAGGAGGGCUGGAGACUCCUGGGCUGGAAGAGGUGGAUCCAUUUCACCCUAACCCGAUGUUGUUGAAGUUUGGGGAGGAGGACUGGAGACUCCUGGGCUGGAAGAGGUGGAACCAUUUUAUGCUAACCAAUAUUGUUGAAGUUUGGGGUUGAGGGGCUAAAGGAGACGUGGCGGGGGUGAACCAGGGGUGACCCCAAAGUUGAGGACAUUUGAGACUGGCAGCUAAACCACUGGCCUCUGACCCCUGAACUCUGACCCCAGCCGUCUGCUCUGUGAGGUCACUCAGCAGGUCCAAUCAGCAUUCUCUUAUUGGAUUAUCAAGAGCUACUGUACAUACCCACACACUCACAGGCUACUGUUGUCUUUGUAAAUAGUCUAGUAUUGAUACAUAACUUUUUUUUAACCGUGUAAUUCAUUUAAAUUAUUUUAUUUACUGUAAAGAAAAUGUUUUGCCAUGAGAAAUCCUUCUGUUUUUCUUUCUGUAUGUUGUGUAGAAGGAUGAUGAGGCCAUUGUGUAAAUGAAAAUGUUAAUAAAGAAGCUAGCCCUGUGAAGUAGAGUUGGA